UGCAAGGCACUGCGGUCCGCGAGCCGCUGCUCCCGGCGGCGGACGAAUGGUGCCGGCAGGGCCUCGCCGCGGCCGAGGCGAAGCGGCUGGUUCGCCUCGCCGGGCCGAUGAUCGCCAACUGCUUGCUGCAGAACAUCAUCAACAUACUGUCCCUCAUGUUCGUCGGCCACCUCGGCGAGCUUCCCCUCGCCGGCGCCUCCCUCGCCAACUCCGUCGCCAGCGUCACCGGCUUCAGUAUCAUCACCGGCAUGGCGACUGCGCUGGACACGCUGUGCGGGCAGGCGUUCGGAGCGCGGCAGCACAACCUGCUCGGCGUCUACAAGCAGCGCGCCAUGGUGGUGCUCGGGCUCACCUGCGUUCCCAUCGCCGUCGUCUGGGCGCACGCCGGCCAGAUCCUGGUGCUCCUCGGCCAGGACCCGCUCAUCGCCGCCGAGGCCGGCGCCUACGCGCGUUGGCUCAUCCCGUCCCUCGCCGUGAGCGUGCCGCUGCAGUGCCACGUCCGGUUCCUGCAGGCGCAGAGCCUCGUCCUGCCCGUAACGGCCAGCUCGGGCGCCGCGGCGCUCUGCCACCUCGCCGUGUGCUGGGCGCUCGUGUUCAAGGCCGGCAUGGGAGCUAAGGGCGCCGCGCUUAGCAACGCCAUCUCGUACGCUGUCAACCUGGCGAUGCUGGCCCUGUACGUCAGGCUGUCGAGCGCCUGCAAGGACACAUGGAACGGGUUCUCAAUGGAGGGGUUUAAGGAUCUGCGCAAAUUCGCCGAUCUCGCCGUGCCGUCUGCAAUGAUGAUCUGCUUGGAGUGGUGGGCUUUCGAAACCCUUGUGCUGCUGUCUGGUCUUCUGCCGAAUCCUCAGCUGGAGACUUCAGUGCUGUCAAUUUGCCUUAACACUGGUAUUCUUCUCUUCAUGAUACCAUUGGGGCUUGGCUCUUCCGUGAGCACGCGCGUUUCCAACGAACUUGGUGCUGGACAGCCUCAGGCAGCAAAGUUGGUAACGAGGGUAGUCGUUUACAUCGCCUUAUUUUCAGGCUUCGUUCUGACCUUGGCCAUGACCUUGCUACGCCACGUUUGGGGAUACAUGUACAGCAACGAGCAGGAGGUAGUGGCAUACAUUGCUCGAAUGCUGCCGGUUCUUGGGAUAUCUUUCUUCAUAGAUGGCCUUCACGGCUCUCUCUCAGGCGUGCUCACGGGCUGUGGCAAGCAAAAGAUCGGCGCCGCCGUGAACCUCGGCGCGUUCUACUUGGCAGGCAUCCCUAUGGCGGUGCUGCUUGCGUUUGUCUUCCAUCUCAAUGGAAUGGGCCUUUGGCUCGGCAUCGUCUGCGGCAGCCUCACCAAGGUGCUCUUGUUUGCAUCUGUCACAUGGUCCAUAGACUGGAGCAAGGAAGCUACCAAGGCAAAGGACAGGGUGUUCGGCUCAUCUCUGCCAGUAGCAUGAAAUUUCAAGCAUCACAUGGAAUAAGUUGCAACUAACUGUUAGGAUGCCUUAUUUGUCUAUCCCCUGCCUUUGUCUUUGUCUUAACAAGAGUACGGAACCUUGUCUGGUCAGGAAACUUCAUGAAACCAGUUUUCAGGGAGCGGCCUCAGUCUACUGUAGACUCUACCAACCGCUAAUAGCUAACAGUAAUUUUCAGGGGGACCUUCUGGAUAAGAAGCUAGUCGAUGUUAUCUAAAGAGGAGAAAAUUACUCUGAAGGACAACUGUCGCAAUACAGUUAUGGAUUUCUUCAUACUUGGAGUAGAUUUCAAGCCUAGUGUUUUUAGUGAAUUUCAGGAGUAGACUUCAAGCCUAGUGUUUUUAGUCUUAGUGUCUCUGAACCUUGCUUAAUUUUAAGAGCGUUUGCUGUAAUCGCGAUCUAAGUAUUGUUUCUUGCUUUAUGCUGUAAACUGUGGCCGUAAACAUUCAUGAGGCCGGAUUUGUUAUCCUUAAAGAAUGAUGGGUUGCGGCACUUGGUCGGCGAUGUAAGUGGGGAGAGAGGCAGGGCUUGCGGAUGUAGCGACUAGCGAGGAUGUGAGAUGUGCUCAGAAGAGGCAGGGCUUGUUAUUAAUGCUAUAUAGUUUAACCUUUUUUAGUUUUUACUGUCUUGGGAGGUACCAAGAGCUACCAGCGAAAUAUAACUAGAGAGAGGUAUGGUAUGGUACA